AUGGAUAUUAAUAAUAUUAUGGAAGAGGUACAGGCCAUUAAGGUUUUGCCUCAUAUGAUGUUCAAUGCUUCUAAACUUAAAGUAUUAAGUGAUUAUGUGAAUGUAGCUUUUGAAAAUAACGAAUAUUACGAUAACGAUGUCAUGCUAACUUUGUUGAGAUUGUUUUGUUUAUAUCCCCAUUGUUAUGAUAAAGAUAUAAUUAAGAAAAUAUUGAUAUGCGUUUUAUAUAAUAUAAAUAAUGUAGAUAUGAAUAUGUAUAUGAGUUUAAUAAAUUCAAGUUUAUAUGAUGAUAAUAUAAAAAGUGUUAUAUAUAUAUAUGAACUAAUUAAAAAUUGUCAGUAUAAAAAAUUAUGGAAUUGUAUAAAUAAUAAUAUAGGUAAUGAAUAUAAUAAUUGUGAUUAUUCAUAUUUAAAGAAUGAUAAGAAUUUUAUUUGUAAUAUUAGAAAAUAUAUUUUAAAUACCAUCUCAAUAAGUUUUGAAAGUAUAUAUUUAAAAAACAUGUCAGAAUAUUUAAAUAUUCAAGACAAUACACAACUUGAACAAUUUUUAAAUGAAAAUAAAUGGACCAUUAAAAUGAUUAAUCACAAAGGAAAGGAUGAACAAAUAUGUUAUAAUGGAAAUAUAGAAACGGUUCAGAAUAAAAAAAAUAUAAAUACUUAUUUUACUGAGGAUAAUAUAGGAUCCUACAUAACAAAACUUAACCAUUAA